AUGUCGUCGACACUGCCAAAGAAUACACCCAUUUCACUUUCGGGAUCUCCGGCCCUUGCCCAGGUAUCGAAAAACGGCCAGGGAAACUUCAAGACUUACCAUAAUGAUAAAACCGAAAUAUACAAAAAGCUAUCUGUGAUAGAGCAAAGGCUACAAGAUUUGACGAAUUCGAUUCAAAAGUACGAACCCAAUCCGGAUAUAGCGGCAGAUAUUGUGCAGGCAGUGGACUGUUUUAAUUCAGAGUUGGAUAAAAUACAAACGCUACAUGAAAUGAGAUCGAACCAGAUAAUACGACAGAAUGCAGAAAACGACAAACUAAACAUGAAUUUGCGUACUGUUCUCACAACCUUGGAUGAGUGUCAUCAGGAAUUGGCACGUCUUCCAGACUUAUCCGUCGCACAAAUGAAAAAACUCCAUGUGGAAAGUAUUGAGGAAGCGAAAAAGAAACUUCCAGAGCCGGAUCUCAAAUCUGUGAAAAAGCUACUAGCAUAUGCCAUGAAACUCUCGAAAUUCUCGAGGAUACCGCAAACUUUUGAUGGAUUCUUGCUUCCGAACAACUUUCUCUGGCCCGGCGAUGACAAUAUGAGGCGUGGAAUGCUGGCAAUGGCCUCUAUGUACCCGGAUAGAAUCAUUGAAGAGGAAAACAGAGAUAGCGAUGAGAGCAAUGAGCAUAAAAGUGAUGCAAACGGUGUGGUUGAUGGUGAAGAUGAAGAGCAGAAAACCAUCCAGAGCCAUGAUGAUGAUGAUGAGGUUGGAGAGACGAGUUUCGAUCACAGAGAGCAUGCAAAGCCAAAAGAUGCAAGUGAAGUCAUGGCUGGUCUCGACUUGUUUGAUGAAGAUGAGGAUGACGACAUGUGA